CAAGAUUCCACAUUCACAAGAUACUAGUUGGUUCUUGUGAAAGUAGGUGUAGCGACCAAGAAAAUUAAAUCUUCCCUGUGUAGAAGUCGUAUCAAAUUAAAGCAAGAAAAUGUUUCAAAACGCAGUCAGGCGGCAGUUCCGCUUUUCGCGGGUUUUGAACCGACACAGCCCGAUUCCGAUCCCGGUACAGGCACGACAGAUUGCGACCUUUCGAAAGGAGUAUGAGGCACACGUAGCGGAGCGCGCUGCCGAGGGCGUUCCACCAACGCCACUCACAGCCACGCAAACAAAGCGAGUCUGCGAGCUGUUGACCGAGAAGACCGGCGAGGAUGGUAAGUACGAUGCGAUCGGUUUGAACGAUGAUCGUGUAGAUUAUCACAACUACAUUUAGGCAGGACAGAUACUUAGAUUUGGAGUUGAUCUACUUCUCGUCAUUUUUAUGUGCGCUUUGUAUACUGAAACUGAUACUGAAACUGAUGAGCAUACUUCUGUAAAAAUGACAAAAAAACUACAGCCGCCUGGUUGAAGGAGCUUUUGACAACCCGCGUCCCGGCCGGCGUGGAUGACGCCGCCAAGGAGAAGGCGUUCUUCCUGGACCAGGUGUCGAAGGGCAAGGCCAGCUGCAGCGUGAUUUCCAAGGCGGAGGCCACGGAGUAUUUGGGCACCAUGCUCGGGGGGUUCAACGUGCAGUGCCUGAUUGACGCGUUGGACGACGCGGAGCUCGCGCCGAUCGCGCAGAAGGCGCUGUCCCACACCCUGUUGGUCUUUGACGCCUUCCACGACGUGGAGGAGAAGGCGAAAAACGGGAACACGUAUGCAUUGCAAGUAUCAUGUCCGGGUCUCGAACAAUAAACCUGUGAUGCUGAGUUGCGCAUGAUUGCAACGCUUGCAAUGGCAUCAAGCUGGCAUGGCAAGUUUUUGGAACGCAGCUCUAAAAUGCCUAGCGCGCAUUACAAAUUACGUUUUUGCAUGCAAAACGAAGUGCAGCUCUUUUGUUGCUCAUGCAACUACACAGAUUUUGCAGGAAUGCCCGACACGCAUUACAAGUUCCACUCACUUUCCGGACCCAGACAUGUUUGCAAUGCAUAACACGUUCGCGCAGGCCAUCAUGGAGUCCUGGGCCGAAGCGGAGUGGUUCCACGCCAAGCCCCCGGUGCCGGAGAAGAUCACGUAUUACCGUGAAAAAUGCCCCCACCCCCAAAGUUACCAUAAUUUGUGAUGCAAAGUUUAAGUUUCCAAAUGAAAACUUUUUGUCAUGCAUGAAAGGAAAAAUAUGAAUCUUUGUGAUACCGAGUCUAGGCGUAUGUAGCAUUGCUUGCAUGACAAGCGCCGCUCUUGCUGGGAUCUGUUGCAAUACAAAUCUUCCUCUUCGCUAUUCACGAUUGGAGAUCUGUUUCUGUUCUUGGAAAUGUUUGCAAUACAAAUGCUCCCAAGUUCGGGGGUGGGGGCGUUUUUCAUUGUGAUAUCACGGUCACCGUGUUCAAGGUGACCGGCGAAAUAUGAAUUGCAAAAGCAUCGCACUCGUGUAAAUGCAUUACAAAUUUCCUCAGCAUGAGAAAUAAAAUUUGUAAUGCAGAUUUGCCUUGGGAACAAGAUUUGUAAUGCAAGAUUUGCAUUUUUUAUACGAGUACGAUACUUUUGCACAGGAUACGAAACCAACACGGACGACUUGUCCCCCGCCCCGGACGCGUGGUCCCGGCCGGACAUCUAUCCUGUGCAAAAGUAUCGUAUUCGUAUUGCAAUCAUGCAUUACAAAUCUUUCUCUUAAGGUAAAUCAGCAUUACAAAUGUUGUCUCUCAUGCUGAGGAAAUUUGUAAUGCAUUUAUACGAGAACGAGUACGAUACUUUUGCACAGCAUAACGUCCCGCUGCACGCCAACGCCAUGUUGAAGAACGAGCGGGACGGCAUCCACAACGCAAAACAGCAAAUCGCCGAACUCGCCGAGAAGGGACACCAAAUCGGUAUUUAUUACCAAAAAUGCCACUGCGUGCUGGUCAUUCUUGUGUAUGAAAAAAAUGUCUAAAGGUAAAGACGAUGAAGAUGUUUGCAAUAUUGAAUGCCCACUUCUUCCUCGAAUCUUGAUAAAUUCGACUUUUCGUGUGAGCUGCUUCACCUCCUGCGAGGUUUUUCUACCUCUUCAUCUCGGAGAUGAUAUCAUGAAAGAAAUAAAUCCAACCCAAAUCUACAGCGUAUGUCGGCGACGUUGUCGGCACGGGUAGUUCGCGAAAAUCCGCGACCAACUCCGUGAUGUGGUUUAUGGGGGAUGAAAUCCCCUUCAUUCCCAACAAGAAGCAGGGCGGCGUGUGCAUCGGUGGCGUGAUCGCCCCCAUCUUUUUCAACACCAUGGAAGACUCCGGCUGCUUGCCCAUCGAAAUGGACGUGCAGAACAUGGCCAUGGGAGACGUGAUCGACAUCUUCCCCUAUCAGGGCAAAGUCUGCAAGCACGGCACCGACGAUGUCAUCACCAACUUCGAGCUCAAGACCGAGGUCUUGCUGGACGAAGUGCAGGCUGGAGGUACUUCUAUGGCAACACUUUAUAAAAAAGCUGGCUACUUUUUGUUACCUUCAUCGUUCGUUGUAGAAGCAGCUGUCAACCCAAAAAUGAUGACCGGAUUGAUUUCAAAAUUCGAUGGCGAGAUGUAGUCACGUCGGAUUACUUCACGUAUUUAUGCUAAUGCUAAUCCAAAGCUGGAUUGAAAAAAAUAAAAAAAUUCUAGGCCGCAUUCCGUUGAUUAUCGGUCGUGGGUUGACCCGGCGUGUUAUCAAAUGCAAAAAUGUCUGGGUCUGGAAGAUUGGAACUUGUGCUGCAUGUUGCGCAUCAUACCAAAAAUCUGUGUUGCGUUACUUGCAAAAGGUGCCCAUUUCUUGCUAUGCUGAGGGGGUAUUUCUCAUGCAGAACAGGCAUCACAGAGGGGCUGCAGGUCCUGUGAUGCUAGGUCCUGCAUUCCAGACUUAGUGGAGCUUAGAGAAACUGCAUGAGAAAUCUCGGAAUCUUCCAGACCCAGACAUUUUUGCACUUGAUACGUGCGCGUGAGUCUUUGGGCAAGCCCCCGAGCGAGGUGUUCCGCCUGCCCGCGGGCGCCGGCCAGACCGCGGACGGCUACACGCUGGCGCAGAAGAUUGUGGGCCGGGCUUGCGGGGAGGACGGCAUCCUGCCGGGAACCUACUGCGAACCUGCCAUGGGCACGGUCGGGAGUCAGGACACCACGGGACCGAUGACCCGCGACGAGCUGAAGGACCUGGCGUGCCUGGGCUUCUCCGCAGACUUGGUCAUGCAGUCCUUCUGCCACACGGCGGCCUACCCAAAGCCCGUCGAUGUCAUCACCCACAACACCCUGCCGGACUUCAUGCACGGUAUAUGAAAAUUUGUGGUUUAUUAGUCAGAAUUAAAUUUGUGGUUGAGUCAGAGUUUUUGCCUUUGAACAUAGGACUAAGAAUGUGACGUGCUGGUUGCCCUUCGCCAAAGCGUCGGCGCCGGCAUUCUCUGCUAAGUAUCGCAUCAAAGUUGUUGAAGAAAAUCAUCAUGAAACUCAAAAGCUGCAAAUAAUACUGAACAGACCGUGGUGGCGUUGCUUUGCGUCCUGGUGACGGCAUUAUCCACUCCUGGUUGAACCGCAUGCUGCUCCCCGACCAAGUGGGUACCGGCGGCGACAGUCACACGCGGUUCCCGCUGGGUAUUUCCUUUCCGGCCGGGUCCGGUCUGGUCGCGUUCGCGGCCGCCACCGGCGUGAUGCCCCUGGACAUGCCGGAGUCCGUGUUGGUCCGGUUCCACGGCAAGAUGCAGCCGGGCAUCACGCUCCGCGACUUGGUGCACGCCAUCCCCUACUACGCCAUCCAGCAGGGGCUCCUCACCGUGGAGAAGAAGGGCAAGAAGAACGUGUUCAGCGGCAAGGUGCUGGAGAUCGAGGGCCUCCCGGAACUCACGGUCGAACAGGCGUUCGAGUUGUCCGACGCCUCCGCCGAGCGGUCCGCUGCCGGGUGCAGUAUCGACCUGAACCGCGACUCGGUCGAGGAGUACUUGUCUUCGAACAUCACCAUGCUGAAGUGGAUGAUCUCGGAGGGCUACAACGACGAGCGCACCCUGCGCCGGCGGAUCGGCAAGAUGGAGGAGUUCCUGAAGGAGGGCACGCCGCUGCUGAAGGCCGACAAAGGCGCCAAGUACCACACCGUCAUCGAGAUCGACCUCGCAGACGUGAAGGAGCCCGUGCUGUGCUGCCCCAACGAUCCGGAUGACGCAAAAUUGCUGUCCGACGUCGCGGGGACGAAAAUUGACGAGGUCUUUAUCGGGUCCUGCAUGACCAACAUCGGCCACUUCCGCGCCGCCGCGGAGGUGCUCAAGACGAUGCCAGGUAAUUGAACUUUACUUCAAUAUUGACCACGGCACGAGUUUGCAUUGUGAUGUAGUAGCGAUAAUAGCAACACCAGCAACUUGUUAAUAUAGCGGUACUUGUUUGUGUUUUCGUUUUCGCGACAACACAAGGAGUGAAGAUGUUUUGCUUUGUACAGAAGCAACUUCUUUCAACCAUAAGCACAACCACUCCACAGCUGGUAGCGCCGUGCCGACUAGGUUGUGGAUCGCUCCUCCCACCAAGAUGGACGAGGCCCAGCUGAUUCAGGAGGGACACUACUCGACCUUCGGCACCGCGGGGGCGCGGCUGGAGAUGCCGGGGUGCAGUUUGUGCAUGGGGAACCAGGCGCGAAUCGCCGAGAAGUCCACCGCCGUUUCCAUAUCAAAUGCAAAAGUGUCUGGGUCUGGAAGGUUGGAGCGUGUGAUGCGCAUUUCGAAACACAGAAAAAUCUCUCACGCAUCGGCAGCAAAAGUUGCCCACUUUCUGUCACCAAAUAAAUGGGGGACUUGUCAUGCGGAUUCAGCAUUGUGGAAGCUUCUCGAGACCUGUGAUGCUAGAGCUUCCACCAGACCUUCUGCGUCAUGCAAAAACAGCAUGACCUUCCAGACCCAGACACUUUUGCUUUUGAUAUUCCACCUCCACACGCAACUUCCCCAACCGAUUAGGCAAGGGCACCAACGUCUUCCUCAGUUCCGCAGAGGUAAGUUGACCUUUAAGUAUGAAGAACUUGUUUGGCGUUUGCGCAUGCGCUCAGCGCUCUGCCUCUCAAUUAUAUUACUCUGAUAUACUUAUGAUUGUGUUUACCUUUACUCUACGUGUCCGAACGUGUACUAAUCUGCAUUUGCACGUGACCACAUGACCGUCGCGGCCAAAAAUGCGGCAACAUCGAAAGUUUCAUUUAUGUACCCAUCGAUCUCUCUAUCACUAUCAGGUCGCCGCGGUGAGUUCCAUCUUGGGUAAGUUGCCCACGCCCGCAGAGUACAUGGAGUAUGCCCAGAAGUUUGACACCAACAAAUCUUCCAUCUACCGCUACCUGAACUUCCACCAGAUGGAGAAUUUCCAGAAGGCGGCUGGCAGUGUGUAA